AUGCAAAGAGCUUUUGAGAUAUACGCCUACUGUGCUAUGUCGCCGAAUUACUUAGCAAAUCAUUUCUUCUUCACUGGUCAACAUUUUCUAGUAGAGCAACUAACUGAAAUUGCACUUGCUGUGACUAUUCAUGGGCCAACAAAGUCACAUUCCUACUACAAUUUAGCACGAUCGUACCAUAGCAAGGGGGACUAUGAAAAAGCUUCGCAUCUGUUUUGGAGGUGUACCCUGAUAACUGUGAGACAAUUAAAGGUUCUUGGGUACAUUUGUGUUCGGCUAGGGCACACUAAGAAUGCCCAGGAGUUCUUAAAGAAAGCUACAAAGAAUGAUCCACGUGAUGCCCAGGCAUUUCUGGAUCUUGGGAAGCUUUUAAUUUCAACUGAUGCAGGAGAUGCGUUAGAUGCUUUUAAAACUGCACGUAAUCUACUGAAAAAGGAUGACGAAGAAGUACCAACAGAACUGUUCAACAAUAUUGGAGUUCUUCAUUUUGAAAGAGGAGAGUUUCAGCUUGCUAAACAAACGUUCAUGAAAAUACUAGGUGAUGGCAUAUGGGUUAAGUUCAUUGGUAGUGACGCUCCACGGGAUCCAAAUGUUGAAGCAGAAGCAGAUUCCAAUAAUAUGAAAGUACAAUCAGAGCAUGUCGAAGGACCACAAUCCAAUCAUACUGGUGUUAGAAUUCGAGCCGAAAGUCGCUUCAGCCCUCGGAUUGAGAAAUUGAGGGGUAAUGAAAACUGUGUGCCAUUGAGAGAGAGAGAGAGAGCUUCUUCUACCAUCGUCGGCCCUCUCAGCUUCUCUCAGGAGUAUUUUGGUCACUAUACCUAA